AUGCACCGGUUCUCCCUCAUCACAGCCACGUUGGCCUUGGCCUCCACAGUCUCUGCCCAGUGCGGUUCCGGCACACCCGAUGCCACCGUCGACGGCGCCGACGGCUCCUACACGGCCACCGUAGGCUCGGAGGAGGUCUACGCCGGAUCAGACUACUACACCGCGAUCCAGACAGCCCUGGAUACCAUCGGCGAGGGCCAGCGUCUCUCGGUGAUUGCUUCCGGGUCCAUCGGCGAAGGCGUCAUCAGCAUCAGCAGCGGGAAGAUUUUCGAAGGCUGCGGCACAAUCGACGUCGCCAGCAACGGCCGCGGCUCGAUCGAAUCGCUCGACACGACGGACGUGCAGAUUCCCUACCUCAGCCUCACCGGGACACCCUACUUCGGCAUGCGCUUCUACGGCGUCACGGGGCUGUCCCUCGGCGAGAUCACGAUGAACCUCAGCGGCGGGCUGGGCAUCCGGUUCGAACGCGAUGAGGCGGCCAACGCCGACGUCAGCAUGGACGUCAUCAGCGUGACGGGCGCGGGCAGCCACGCCGUCGAAACCUGGAACAUCGACGGUCUCACCAUCAACCAGGUGAUUGCGCGAGACGUCGGCGAAUGCGGCCUGCUGUUGCAGACCACGACCAACGCGCAGAUCGGGACCGUCGACGGCGACAACGUGGCCGCUGGGAAUGGAUACGCGACCUUCCGUAUGGCCAACAACAACGGCCAGCUUGCGGACGGCAGCUACACGACCAAUGUGUUUAUCGAGAAUGUUAUCUCGCGCGGCGGUGGGCGCGGUAUCUUCUGCGUGUCGCAGUCUGGCGGCGCGGAGAUUGCCAAUGUUGACCUGGCGGAUAAUGAGAACAACGCGAUCCUGAUUGAGAACUGCUACGGGCUGUCAAUUCUCGGGGGUACGGUGAAUGGGGGCGGUGAGGUGCGGAUCUCUGCCCGGGACGAGUUCCCCAUCACCAGCGACAUCUCCAUCAGCCUGGAGGUCAACAGCAACUCGGUGACGGAGAAUCCGUGUGGCGAGAACAUCUCGUGGAAUAUCUCGGGUGAUGCCACCUUGAAAAUUUGCUAG